UUUUUUUCAAUUUCUUUUUCGUUGUUGGAUGACAGCGGAAAAAUUGAUCGAACAACCCAAGUAGCCCCACAUGGCUUCUAGCCUUUGGAGUAAAGCUGGUGCUGACGGCAAUGAAAAAAAUUCAAAUUUGUUUAACAUUGGCGUGCGUGAUGCGCGUGUUCUCUGCUUAUACGUCACAUGCCAACUAAAGACAAAUCCAUAGAGGAGUAAGGGUGGUCAGGUGACCCUUACAACCCAUGGAAUCUACCAUGACCCCUGAAAAGUGUUUGACGAAAGUCUCCAAAGAACUUCCAACGCACAGUAUGAACCUUUUUUUUUUCUUGAAGUCAAAACGACAUCGUCCCGCUAAAGUUUUUUUUCUUUCUAAAAUCUGGCAAAAACUGCUUCAUUUUGAGUCCCCUUUUUAUUUAUUUAAAAAAAGAAAAGACAAAGCCCUUCCCUCCCUCAUCUUGCCUUGGGUCUUGCUCGGAUUGGUGGAGCUCAUAGCAAGAUUUGUGCUUGAAGCUGCUUUUGAGGCGUAAAGGGCCUUUUGGUUGGACUAGGCUGCUGGGUGGAAAUGCUCUAAUGAAGAGGGGUAAGGAUUGUGGGUCAGAUUAAAGCUUCCGCAACCCUGUAGAAACUGGGCCUAAUGGCCGGCCUUUGGAACAUUGACUUGACUUUAUUAAAGUAAUUUCAGAAAAAAAAAAUUAAAAAAGAAAAAGAAAAGGCUCUGCUACAUCGUUAGUACUGAGAUGGCAUCCCAACCCAAUAGAAAGAAGAAACCUGUGUCCAAAUCGUCAUCUUCUUCGCCGUCUCUCUCUCUCUCUCUCUCAUCACGCCAGUUGACAUGCUUGGUGCAUCUCACUCAACUAUUUGGCGGCGAUUGAUUGGGGUUUAAAAAAGAUAGAUGAGGGGAUAUCAAUUGAUAAGCACUUCACAGAAGCUUUGAUUGAGAGACAUCACCAGCCUUCAUUUGCACUACCUUUUCAAAGCUCCGUCAAUGGCAUACUUCAACCUCUCUUUCCUCGCCCUCCUCCUCCUCCUCCUGCCCCCACUCGCCCUCCUUCUCAUCCUCUACCUCAUAGUCCGGCCCCGCUCUGUCAAGAUCCCAAUCAAGAACCGCCACGUGUUCAUCACCGGAGGUUCCAGCGGAAUCGGGCUGGCAUUGGCCCAUCACGCGGCCUCCGAGGGUGCCCGAGUCUCCAUCCUCGCCCGCUCCGUCGACAAGCUCGAGGAAGCAAAGAACAACAUCCAACUCUCCACGGGCAUUGACGUGUCGAUCUUCUCUGCUGACGUUCGUGACUACGAUGCAGUAUCAAAAGCAGUGGAGGAGGCAGACCCCAUUGAUGUGCUGAUUGUCAACCAAGGGGUCUUCGUCCCUGAAGAACUCGAGAAGCAGGGAUUGGAUGAGGUGAAGUUCAUGGUGGACGUAAAUCUGAUUGGCAGCUUCAACAUGAUCAAAGCUGCUUUGCCCAAAAUGAAGAAAGGAGACAGUGUACCCCGUUCGAUUGCUCUCAUGUCUUCCCAAGCUGGUCAAGUUGGUAUCUACGGCUACACAGCUUACUCUGCGAGCAAGUUUGGGCUUCGUGGGUUGGCCGAAGCUCUGCAACAAGAGGUGAUAUCUCAUGAUAUUCAUGUUUCUCUUAUAUUCCCUCCGGACACAGACACCCCUGGUCUCACUGAAGAGACGAAAAAGCGGCCACAACUGACUAGCAUUAUAGCAGAGUCGUCAGGGGCGAUGAAAGCUGAAGCAGUUGCGAAGAAGGCUUUUGACGGGAUCAAGUCUGCUGCUUUUAUUGUGCCUUGUAACCUUGAAGGGGCGUUGCUGUCUAUUGCCACUGCUGGGAUGUCUCCUCAGAGAUCGUUUGUUAUGGCAUUUGUUGAAGUGGUUGCUGCUGGUUUGGUUCGUCUUGUUGCUCUGUUUUUCCAGUGGAAUUGGUAUAAUGGUAUACAUAUGUGGCAUGCACAGAACGAAAGGGCCUGAACUUGGUGAUGCGGGAGCAUCUAUUAGACUUUCCUAAUCUAAGUGGGCAUCAACCAAUAAGGCUAAGUUUUAGUUAUUUAAAUUAAUAGGUUUUUAUGUUACUUGUUUUCCUAUUUGUACUAGGAUUUGGUUUAAUUACCUGUUUAUGUUUUUAAUUCCUAUGUCAAUUAGGUUUUCUAUAUUCUAGUAUAAAUAGGCUAUUAAGAGGCUCUUGUAUUUAGUUUUUGUUGAUGAAUAUAAUUUCAGACUUUAGUCUUUAAAGUUUCUGUUGGGAUUGUGCCCCAGAACUCAAUUAUUUUCGUUCCAACUUCGAUUCUACUGCUUUAUCGUUC